AUGGCUGCUACUGCCAGGCACUCCUUCGGUGGCCCGAGAAGCUUGGAUGGCUGGUGGGACUGGAGCCUGACCACGAUGCUGGAAGGCCUGUACUGGGGAGGCCUCUCCACAGCCAGCAUGCCGGGUGCUCAGCCCAGAGCUCUUGGAGGAAAGGGCCACCUCCUAGGCCAUUUGGUCAUUAAGCAGCUAAAAGAUGGAGGCUCUGAAACCCCCUCUGUGAUAGACCCAGAGAUCCAAAGAGUGGCCCCAGGUGGCCCCAGGGACUCCCAGGAGGAGAGCUCGGCCUGGGCAGCACAAGCCCUGACCGGCCCCAGGGCCAGUGGUUGGAUUGACCACAGCACCAGGGCUGUGUCCAUGCACUUUACCCUCUACAACCCUCCAACCCAGCUCUUCUCAAGCGUGUCCCUAAGUGCUGAGAUGCUCCCCACUGGGGGUCUUACCCUCUCCUCCCUGCUGGAGUCAGUCACCAUCUUCUGCAGUGACUCAGCCCCACUGUACCACAUCCUGCUUCCAGAGCUGGUCUUCCUGGUGCUCAACCUGACUCACCUCUGUUUCCAGUUCUCUUGCAUGAUCGGGAGUUUGCUCUCCAAGUCACGCAGGUGUUACAGCGAGCCCUUCCUUCCUCGGGAGCCCAUCUGGUAG